UUCCUCAUAUUCUGUGCUAUUAGAACUCUCAGCAGACUCGUAGUGGAGAAGCCCGCUUCCUCGGCGAGUCGUUCCUUCUCAGAGAGCUUGUCCUUGUGUUCCCGUUCGCGGGCUAUUCCAAUUUCCACCUUUGCCUACCCAUCGUCUAUCGCCGGCGAUUUCUGCGACCCCCGCUUCAUCGGGAUCUGCCGCCAGUUACUGGCGUUUUGUCCUCCCUGCAAGGUCCCUCAUUUUUUUUAUUCCCAUGUGAUUUCGAUUCUCUGCCACCGGACGAAGCUGACGGAUGGGUUGCGUGCUCGGAGCGGCGAAGGAUGAUGCAGGCCCAAGGGGGGGCUCCGGAGCUCAGAACCGUCCUGAGCAAAGCUCUGUUGCUGACGGAGGUAAUGCUGUUGGCGUUGGGAACAGAGGGAAGGCGAAGGAGAAGCAAAGGACUCGACAGCAUGGCGGCGAAUUUGUUUAUAAUCUCCAGGGACUGGAACGCCGGCAACCUAGUCUUGAUCCACGUGCUCAAACCCAACAGGGGUGGCCGUCUUGGUUGAUGGCUGUAGCUGGCGACGCAAUCCGAGAUUGGACUCCUCGGCGCGCCAACACGUUCGAGAAACUUGCGAAGAUUGGACAAGGGACGUAUAGCAAUGUAUACAAGGCGAGAGACCUUCUUACCGGAAAGAUAGUAGCUUUAAAGAAAGUUAGGUUUGAUAAUCUGGAGCCAGAGAGUGUGAAGUUCAUGGCGAGAGAGAUUCUUGUUUUGAGGCGGCUUGAUCACCCCAACAUCGUCAAACUCGAGGGCUUGGUUACUUCUAGAAUGUCAUGCAGUCUUUACUUAAUAUUCGAGUAUAUGGAACAUGAUCUUGCGGGGCUGGCUGCUGGGCAAGGUGUUAAGUUCACUGAACCUCAAGUGAAAUGCUAUAUGAAGCAAUUACUCUCUGGCCUUGAGCAUUGCCAUAGCAAAGGUGUCUUGCAUCGUGAUAUCAAGGGUUCUAAUCUGCUUAUUGACGAUGAAGGAAUCCUUAAAAUCGCUGAUUUUGGACUGGCAACUUUCUAUGAUCCUGAGCACAAGCAGCCUUUGACAAGUAGAGUUGUCACGCUUUGGUAUCGUGCUCCUGAGCUUCUUCUUGGGGCUACAUACUAUGGUGUUGGUAUUGACAUCUGGAGUGCUGGCUGCAUCUUGGGAGAGCUGCUUACGGGGAAGCCAAUCAUGCCUGGCCGAACAGAGGUUGAACAACUGCACAAAAUAUUUAAAUUAUGUGGUUCUCCAUCUGAUGACUACUGGAAGAAAUAUAAACUUCCAAAUGCUACACUCUUUAAGCCACAGCAGCCAUAUAAACGAUGCAUUUUAGAAACCUUCAAGGAUUUCCCUCCUUCUUCUGUACAUCUAAUAUGUACUCUUCUUUCAAUAGAUCCUGAUGAUCGUGGAACUGCCUCGGCUGCUCUAAAUAGUGAUUUUUUUACCACUGAGCCCUAUGCUUGUGAACCGUCAAGUUUGCCAAAGUAUCCUCCCAGCAAAGAACUGGAUAUAAAACUGAGAGAUGAGGAAGCUAGAAGACAAAAAGCUCUAAAUGGGAAAACUAAUGCAGUUGAUGGUGCCAAAAGAGUCAGAGUACGUGAGCGUGGUCGGGCAAUUCCUGCUCCGGAAGCCAAUGCAGAGAUCCAAUCAAACUUAGAUAGGUGGAGAGUUGUGACACAUGCAAAUGCAAAAAGUAAGAGCGAGAAAUUCCCACCGCCUCAUCAAGACGGUGCCGUUGGUUAUCCAUUGGAUGCAUCUCACAAGGGACCUGUUUCAUUUGGUGCCACUGAACCUGAUGCUUCCUUUGGCUCCUCAGUAUUUAAUUCAAAACCAAAAGGAUCUGUUGAAGGUCAUGCUGCUUCAGGACCUUACAGAGGUAAGAAAACAAAGAAAACAGAUUCAUCAUGGAGACUCAAGCGUCCGUUCAAGUAAUCAAUUCAUCAAGUAGGCCUGUAAAUGGUUUUUUUUUUUUUUUGUUGGGUUACUUUGGGGCAAAUAAUCAGUCUCUGCUGUUCUCGGCAUUUCGAGGUAGGGGGCCUGGAUUUUUUUUUUCUUAAAAUAAAUUUUCUCCCUUUCGUAGUGCUGCCAUUUUUUUGCGUUCAUUUGAUAAUAUAGUUUUUGCGGUAUGAUGUACAAUGGGGAUCCUUAGAUUUUGUAUGUUUAGGAUGGAAUCCCUUUGCUGUACAGUUUCCAGGGACACCCUCGUCUCCGUUAUGACCCGCCAGUGUUCUUAUUGGAAAGCACCCUCCCCCCAAAAGAAAAGUAAGCAAUAAAUUUAUUUCCAUUUAUUAUUUUGAUA